AUUACUCAAAUUGUAAAACGAAAUUUCUCCUAACUCAUAGUCCAGAAAAAUGCCAAUGUGCUUGAGGUUUACUGAAUCCUCUGUGCCAUCUGUACUGGUCCAGAACUGGAUUUGCCAGCAGCCAUUGUUUGGCACUGGUGCUAUAAGAGCCCUUCUGGGGAAAGACUCCUUACACACACCCAAGGACCAUUCGCCUAGGCCUCUUAUUUCUACCUGCCAAAAAUGCCUGCCAGCAUCAAAUCCCUCACAACUCAGGACAGCUGGGAAGAGGCAUUGUGGAUGCAUGGGUAAAUAGAAGAAGCCAUGUGAAGACACAGGCAUAAGCAGGCCAUUGGCAAGCCAAAGAGAGAGGCCUCUGAAGCAAACGAACCCACGACACCUUGAUUUGGACUCCUGGCCUCCAGAACUGGGAGAAAGUAAAGAGGAAUCUUCCCAAGAAAAGCCACAGAUCUCCAGAUAACUAAUCUUCCUGUAUUCACUGGCCCACAUGAAUUGAAGGUCACUAUGGAGUCCUGUUGGUCAGAAAAGAACCCAAAUUGCAAGUACUAUAUUGUUCCUAGGGACAAGAUAUUCCCUUUUUACUUUUAUUUAUUUAUUUUUAUUUUAUUUUUUAAAUGUACAUCCAAGUUAGUUAGCAUAUAGUGCAACAAUGAUUUCAAGGGUAGAUUCCUUAAUGUCCCUUACCCAUUUAGCCCAUCCCCCUUCCCACAGUCCCUCUAGUAACCCUCUGUUUGUUCUCCAUAUGUGAGACUCUCUUAUGUUUUUGUCCCCCUCCCUGUUUUUAUAUUACUUUUGCUUCCCUUCCCUUGUGUUUAUCUAUUCUGUGUCUUAAAGUCCUCAUAUGAGUGAAGUCAUAUAUUUGUCUUUCUCUAAUUUCGCUUAGCAUAAUACCCUCUGGUUCCAUCCACGUAGUUGCAAAUGGCAAGAUUUCAUUCUUUUUGAUUGCCGAGUAAUACUCCAUGGUAUGUAUAUACUACCUCUUUAUCCAUUCAUCCAUUGAUGGACAUUUGUGCCCUUUCCAUACUUUGGCUAUUGUGGAUAGUGCUACUAUAAACAUUGGGUGCAUGUGCCCCUUCAAAACAGCAUGCCUGUAUCCCUUGGAUAAAUACCUAAUAGUGCAAUUGCUAAGGUAGUUCUGUUUUUAAUUUUUUGAGGAACCUGCAUACUGUUUUCCAGAGUGGCUACACCAGCUUGCAUUCCCAUCAGCAGUGUAAGAGAGCCUCUUUCUCCACAUCCCUGCUGUUGUCCACAUCCACAUCUGUUGUUGUCUGAGUUGUUAAUGUGAGCCAUUCUGAGAGGUGUAAGGUGGUAUCUCAUUGUGGUUUUGAUUUGUAUUUCCCUGAUGAUGAGUGAUGUUGAGCAUUUUUUCAUGUGUCGGUUGGCCACCUGGAUGUCUUCAAGAUAUUCCCUUUUUAAAAGGAUGCUCAUGGGCACCUGGGUGGCUCAGUCAGUUGAGCGUCUGACUUCAGCUCAGAUCAGGAUCUCACUGUCUGUGAGUUCGAGCCCCAUGUCAGGCUCUGUGCUGACAGCUCAGAGCCUGGAGCCUGUUUUGGAUUCUGUGUCUCUGACUCUCUCUGCCCAACGCACCCCCCCCCCCCCAUGAUCUGUCUCUCACUCUCUCUCUCUGUCAAAAAUAAAUAAACAUUAAAAAAAAAUUUUAAAGGAUGUCCAGUGAAACAUUUAUUCUUCCUUCGUGACAUGAACAGCACUUCAUGUUGGUCAAAUAAUAAGGAAAGUUACUACCAAAGAUAUAUUCCACUAGUUUUUAAAAUAAGGUAGGGGCAGGGCACCUGGGUAACUCAGUCGAUUAAGUCUCCAACUCUUGAUUUUGGCUCAGGUCAUGAUCUCAGAGUGUGUGAGUUUGAGCCCCGGGCUGGGCUGUGUGCUGACAGCGUGGAGUCUGCUUGGGAUUUUCUGUCUCCCUCUCUCUGCCCAUCCCCUGCUCAUGUGCUCUCUCUCUCUCUCUCUCAAAAUACAUAAAUAAACAUUUAGUAAAAUAAAAUAAGGCAGGAGCACCUGGCUGGCUCAGUUGGUAGAACAUCUGACUCUUGAUCUCAGGGUUGUGAUCAAUUCAAGCCCCAUAUUGGGCAUGGAGCCAACCUAAAAAUAAUAAAAUAAAAUAAAAUAAAAUAAAAUAAAAUAAAAUAAAAUAAAAUAAAAUAAAAUAAAAUAAAAUAAAAUAAAGUAAAGUAAAAUAAAAUAAAAUAAGAUAAGAUAAAAAUAAAUAAAAAAGCAGAAACCAUUAUUAUUUUACAAUCGCAAAUUUAUUAAAAAGUUUAGGCAAUGACCAGUAUGCCUACUAACAUCACAAAAAGUGAGGAAAAAACUAAGAACAAAACAAGCAUUAUUGACCUCAUGAAGAAAGCACAUAACAGAGUGAAAAGAUUUUCCUUUAAUCAGGAACACAAAUACCUGCACCCAAAAAUAUUGCUGUGAAACUUCUUUAAAAUUAAAAUUGUCUACUGAAUGUCAUGAAAAUAAUUCAUGUGUGAAAAUGGCUACACAGUGACUUCAUGUGUUCUAGUCCAUUCCCUAGAAUCUGGACAUUACCUGGAACAGCUUCUUGUGCAAACCUUCCAAAUAACCUACUCAUAUGAGAAUAUAUAUUGCAUGAGUUUGGGUAUAUGUAUUUAAGAAAUGGGAGCAUCCUGUGUAUUCUGUAAAUUUUUCUUUGAAUAUUUUAUCUAGGAGGUAGUCCAUGUCCUCACAUAUAGUUCAUUCUGUUUUAAAAUGUGUUGCACACUUGGGUAAAUGUCUAAAUGGGAAAUAUUAAAAAUGUAAUAAAUGUUCUUUGGAGAGCUUUAGGGUGUGCUUUCCCCUCCAUUGCUAUGCCCCCAAUAUGUUUUCUUCAACUUGUUAGCUAAAAAUACUCACUGGUUUAUAUGUAUUUACUCACUGGUUUAUAUCUAAAGGCUACUGAAAGAUACAAAUCAACAGCCAAUGAAGGGAUGAAUAGGGCAAGAUUCCAAAAGAGCUUCUGUCCUUUCAGAGUUUGGGGCCCAGCAUGGUGGCUGGUGAACCUCUGGCUUACCAACCUGCAAGCUUUCCAAACUCCCCUCCUUUUUUGGGUUUUUGUGGAAGCUUCACUGCUUCGCGAUUAUUGGUCAUUGGUGACUGAUUCACCCUCCAGCCUCUCCCCCCAUCGCCAGAAAUCAGGGGUGGGACUGUAUAUUCCAACCCUCCAUUCUUGGUCAGUUCCUCUGGCAACCAGCCCUCCCACCCCAAGAUCUUUAGGGAAUUUCUAAAAGUCACCUCGCUGCCAUAAAAUCAGUUAUGGUUGAGCUUGUUAUGAAUAACAAAACACCCAUUUCACCUUUACACACUGAAGGAACUGAAGACAAGAGACUAAGCAUUACAACAGAAGAUACUUCCAUUACUCUUAUCACCCGCAAAGGUACAAGUGUUUUAGGGGCUGUGAGACAGAAACCAUGCACAAAGACCAAAAAUAUAUAUGAGAAGUAUAUGUGGGACAUCUGGAUGAUGACCACAUGACAGUAGGCUAUUCGUCUGAGAAUCCAGCCGCCUGAUUUCAAUUGAAAGUAAUACCUUAACUUUAUUAUUUCUUCUGCAAAUACCUCUUUCGGUCCCACUUGGGUGCUAAUUUAUGAGUUCAGAAGUACUUAGUUACUGAUCCUUCAGCCUUGAAGACUUUAUCAAGUUGUCCAACUAAUUCACCUUAAGACGAACUUCAAGGAGGGACCUGGGUGAGCCUGAGUUGGUGGGGCAUAAUCCUCCUACAGGGUGGGACAGACCCACCCAAGCACUCACUGAGAUGCAAAUUGAUCCAAAGAGGAUUGUUUUUUCAACACUAACUACACCCUCACCUACGACAAGUAAUCUCAGUAAUCCCACACUAGAUGAAGUGGUUACAGCAGAACUCCUCACUCCUUCACAGUCUGGGAGGAGGGUGGGGUAUCGAAGAUUUUAAAAACCGCCUGCUGUAUGGUUUGGCCUUAUUUUGGCUCUCAAGUUUGUCACAGGAAUAUAAAUAUUAGCAACUCGAGUUAAAUUGGGACUAAUGCCUUUAAUCACUUAGCCUUACAACCCCCAGCUACCCUCAGGAUCUCUUCCCAUUCUCCCCCUCCAGCAGGGCCAUUGAGCAUGCACAUGCGCAGGCCCAUAGCUGCCACCACUUCCGGGAGAACAGGCCAAUCACAGCACGGAACAAAUAAAUACAGGAUCCUGGGCCUGCCUCAGCUUAAAUCCAUGUAGUCGUAAUGGAGGUGGUAUGACUGCGUUACAUGAGAUUUUUAUCGGGACGACAGUUUUCAAGUUGCAAAGUGGCCAGUGAUCUCCAAAGAAGGAUUGUUGGGGUGUGAAGGAAUGAAUGGUUGCUUGCUUGGACCCGUGGCUACUUUGUUGAAGAAGAAAGUCAUUAAUCUUAAAUUUAGGUGAGUUAAUCCGUGAGAGAGCUGCAAACUGAAUCUUUCUUGCCCUCAAGCUACAGGACAGGACACUACGCAAGACUUCAGUGGCUGCCAUCAGAAGCUGGGCCAGUGGAACCUAAAGCUUCGAGGUCUGGGGGAGAUCUACUCGCUGGGUCUUGAGCUUACGGCAGGACUUGCCAAGGGGAACAUCUUACCCACCACCUUCAUUCUCUGCUCAAUGGAGUUUGUAACAGCCCUGGUACACCUCCAGGAAGAGUCUAACUGCCCCAUCUGUCUGGACUACUUGAAAGACCCAGUGACUAUAAACUGUGGGCACAACUUCUGUCGCUCCUGCAUCAACAUGAUGUGGAAGGAUCUAGAAGAUACCUUCCCCUGUCCUGUCUGCCGUUUUUGCUUUCGUAACAAAAAUUUACGGAGCAACCGCCAGCUCAGUAAUUUGACUGAAAUUGCUAAACUACUGCAGGUCAGAAGGAGCAAGAGAAAAAGGCAGGAAGAAUAUUCCGUGUGUGAGAAACACAAUCAGUUUCUGACCCUUUUUUGCGGGAAGGACCUAGAGGUUUUAUGUACACAGUGCAGCCUCUCUGUUCAACACCAGAAACACUACAUUUGCCCCAUUAAGAAAGCUGCCUCUUAUCACCGGAAAAUUCUAGAAUAUAGCAUUGAGCCCUUGCAGAACAAUGUGGAACGAGUUGAAAAAGUGAUUUCUCUGCAAGCCAGCAAAAUUGUGGAACUGAAAAAGAAGGUAGAGUAUAGGAGAGAAGAAAUCAUUUCUGAAUUUGAGCAACUUCGACUGUUUCUGCAAAAUCAGCAAGAGGCUCUUCUUAGGCAGAUGAAAGAUGAAGAGAUGGACAUUUUAACGAAACUAAAUGCCAACCGUAUAACAUUUUCAGAUCAUGUUUCCACUUUAAAACAUCUGCUGAAGGAGGUAGAGUGCAAGUGUGGGCAAUCGGAACUGGAAUUACUGACACAUGUUAAAGGUAUCGACCACAGGUAUCAAAACCUAAAACGUCCUGAGCUCUUUUUAUUCCGAUUAAAGAAAUACGGACUUAGCCUUCGUCCACAAUACUCUGGCUUGGGCAAAAUUAUCAAGCCAUUUCAAGUAGAUGUGAUUCUAGAUCUUGAAACAGCACACCCUCGGCUUAUUGUCUCUGAGGAUAGAAAAACUGUGCAUUAUGGAAAGAGAAGAAAAUACCUUUGUUAUAACCCAAGGAGAUUUUACCUCUGCCCUGCUGUCCUGGGUUCUAAGAGAUUUAGUUCUGGCCGGCAUUACUGGGAGGUCAUAGUGGGAAACAAGCCUAAGUGGACCUUGGGAGUGUGUCAAGACUGUUUUCCUAGGAAUUGGAGGAAUCAGCCAGUAGCUGAGGGUGGGUUCUGGGCAAUUGGGAGAUAUAUUGAAAGCAUUUAUGUUAUGUUGGGUCCUAAGAGAAGCCAGCUUCUGCCCACAGUAAGACCCACUAAGGUUGGCAUUUUUUUGGACUAUGAGUUGGGUGAGGUUUCCUUUUACAAUAUGAAUGAUAGAUCUCUUCUCUAUACUUUUAAUGAUUCUUUUACAGAAGCUGUUUGUCCCUAUUUCUAUGUUGGAAUAGAUUCUGAACCUCUUAAAAUCUCUUCAGUAACAGAUGAUGAAAGAUGAAGUACCUGGGAAAGAAACAAUGCUGUUUCAGUAUCUAGGGAUAAGUAGUAAAUUUAGUCUCAGCAAUUCUGGAUUCUUGUGGUUUACUGCUGAAAACCAGAAGAGAUUUUUCUCCUUCAUUUUAAGCAACUAUAAAACAUGAGAGUAACACCAAUUUUAUAGAUGUUUAUAGAUGCUUUUAGUUUCUAAGAUAAAGUAUUUGAGGAUUAUGCUACUUAACAAAUUUAAUAAAAUAUUUCUGUUGAAAUUA